GUUGCGGCUGGAGAUGCGUUGCAGCGCACGAGAGACGGCAGACUUGGACCGCUUGUGCAGCCUGUGUAGCAGUCAGUCGACGUUGCGCUUUCCAUCCAGCAUUCUGGUUCCACUCGUUGCACAGGAUGGCGCCAACACUUACGAAGGGGUCGCCGUGCCUUCGCUCAUCUUGGCAAAGCCUUGUGCGCAGCCUCUAUGUACCGAGCCAAGUUCAACAAGUUAAUGUAUGCGUUAUAUUCUCCACCCACGCUAUUAACAUUGUCUGCUGUCAAUGUAAAGUUAUCGCUUUGAGCUCUGCGAACCCAGCGCCGGCAAAUGAGUGGAACAGCCCCUCAGGCCCCUCUAGUGUCUAGAAAACAAAAGCCAUGCGCAAUGACAUCCCCUUGGCCCGCCUUUCGUCGACCAAUAAUUACCCGUGUCCCCUCGCGCAUGUCAGAUUGAGCUUAUUCAUCGCCGCAGAAGCUUGCCCGUUAGCAUGCCUAUCUACAAUUCCUCCGCCACUUCCCUUCCGCUCCUCCAAGUCCCGCGGAUGUCGGAUAGUGUCUCAAUCAAUAUUUGAACGACGGGUGAGAGCAUCGAGGGCAGCUUCUACC